UAGCAAGGACUCGGGCAAGGCAGCAGCAGCUUCUUCCCAGGCCUCUGUCUCCCCUUCUUCAGCAUCACACAGGCCCAGUGGUGCAACUUCAGUUAGUGGUCCAGUGGCCAGUCUGGCAGCGGUGCUUAACUCCUGUGACCCUGGUUGUGUCACUCCCUGUUCCCUUCAGGCUAUCCGAGGACAGAGAGCAGUAGCAGUGGCAAACUCUGCCAGUUCAGGGGUGCACGGAUUUGGGGCAGCAGAGGUCAUGGCAAGCCCCGGGAGUUCCAGCAGUUCCAGGUUAGGAAUGAAUCGCAGAACAAGAGUGGAAGGUAUGUGGCUGGGUGGAGAGGACUUCAGCCAAAAGGGCAGUUUUAUCCACAAACCCUCUCAAGGCUGGCUGCACCCUGACAAGAAGAUUGCAGGAUCAGGGGCAUCUUAUGUUGUCAGGUACAUGGGCUGCAUUGAAGUGCUGAAGUCAAUGCGCUCACUGGACUUCAACACUCGGACUCAGGUGACAAGGGAAGCCAUCAACAGGCUCUGUGAAGCUGUGCCAGGCGGAAAGGGGGCUUGGAGGAAGAAGGCCCUAAACAAAGCUCUACAGUCAAUCAUGGGGAAGAGCAACCUGCGAUUUGCAGGAAUGAGUAUUGCAGUCAAUAUCUCCAUUGAUGGCCUCGGUCUGCUCAUCCCCACCACACGGCAGGUGAUUGCACACCAUCCAAUGCAGUCCAUCUCAUUUGCCUCUGGGGGAGACACAGACUUGCCUGAUUAUGUUGCGUAUGUGGCCAAAGACCCGGUAAAUCAGAGAGCAUGUCAUAUCCUGGAGUGCUCUGAUGGUUUAGCCCAAAGUGUCAUCAGCACCAUCGGCCAGGCUUUCGAGCUGCAGUUCAAACAGUACCUGCAUAGUCCUCCCAAAACCAUGGCAUCUAUGGAGAGGUCUGUCCGGCUAGAGGAGCCAACGUGGGGGGAGGAUGAGGACUUUUCUGAGCAUGAUUACUACAACAGCAUCCCAGGAAAGGAGCCUCCUGUUGGCGGAGUAGUGGACUCCAGGCUCCGGCCCAGUGGAGCCCUCCUGGGUCACAUCCACACCCAGCCACAGAGCAAGACAGCACAGAUGGUCUCACCAGCUAGAAGGGACCAAGCAUCUUACCCCCCGGGUCAGCUGUGUUAUGAGCUUCACUGGGAUACUGAGAUGACCAGCGGCUCAGGUCUGACAUCAGAUGGUUACCUGUGUGCUGACGGCCAGCCAACAGGCGGUAAAGAUUAUGAGGAGCAUCAGUAUGUUAACACCCAGAGUCUGGAAAACCUGGAUUCACUGGCACAGGGACCCAGUGGACACCGAGGGACCAGGGCACUUGACAGUCCCAAGAAAGAUCUUUUUGACAUGAGACCCUUUGAGGAUGCCCUAAAACUACACGAGGCCAGUGGAGGAGCUGUUGGCUCCACUAUAUCUGCUGCAGGUGGAGGUGUUCGGGUCCUGGAGGACCAGUGGCCCAGCCCUCCACGCCGUCGAGCCCCUGUUGCCCCAAAUGAGGAGCAGCUUCGCAGGGAGCCCUGGUACCACAGUCGCAUGAGCCGACGAGACGCAGAGAAGCUCUUGGUACGAGAUGGAGAUUUCCUCGUCCGGGAGAGUACGACCAACCCUGGACAGUAUGUGCUAACGGGCAUGCACUGUGGUCUGCCCAAACACCUACUGCUUGUGGACCCUGAGGGAGUGGUCCGAACCAAAGACAUGUUAUUUGAGAGCAUUAGCCACCUUAUCGCAUACCAUCUGAAGAAUGAACUGCCUAUUGUAGCAGCUGAGAGCGAGCUCCAUCUCCAACAAGUGGUCAGGAGGAAACAGUGAGCCAUCAGACCCUGCAUGAGACGCUGAAAUUGUGCGUGUCCAUGCAAAAACAAAACUGAAACUGGAAAUCAUUUCUUCCUGGUGGAUAUUUAUCUGGAACAAAGGAUUUCACCAAUACUUUCUUUACAUGAGCAACUAUACCAAGUGAACGAGGCGUGUGACGUCUUCUUGUACUUCAUCUGCCUGUUUACUACAAGGAUCAACCAGACUAUCCCUCAUGUCAAAAACUCAUCAGCAUGCAGCUAUUAAGCUAAAAAAAAUUUAAAAGCCACAAUCGACACUUUGAGUUAACCCAGCUCUGGAAAAUUGUCAACCAAUGUCAAAAAUUAAAGGGGCAACUGUUCAGAGGAGACCCAACUUCAGGAAAUCACAUGAGGAUUUGAUACACAGUAGAAAAAAUGUCCUACUAUGCUUGUGAUCAUGAUGUGCUUCCAGUCUACCAUGGUUUGCCCAUUCAGCCAGUCACAGAACAGUUUCUAGGACAAAACUGAAUAUAUGGUGCAGAGGAAACAAAAGUCAGGUUCCAUGCUCAUUUCACUCUGCAACCAUGUGACUGUAUUGUACACUGUGACUAUAAGAGACAACUGAAGAAAUGUCAUUGGAAUGUAAAAGAAUUGCUACAUGUUCACAUCUGCAGUAUCUGACUCUGAAAUGGCACAAUGGAAAUGAACUGAACAUGAUUCAGUGUUGGAUUUGUAAAGUAGACACACAUUCCUCUGCCUUUUUAGUUCCUCCAUUAUAACCUGAGCAUCAGAUCCCACUCUUUAAAAAAUCAUGCAGUUGUAGUAGCAGCCAAAUAGAUAUACAUUAUAUUGUCUUGAAAGUAGGAGGUUUUUACCACAUUUACCAUAAAUAUCAGUUAUUUGUUGUGUUUGUAAGGGCUGUUUAGAAUUUGUUAAAAACGCACUAUGUAUUGUAUAGUUCUGUGCAAACUAUUGGUCAGAUGGUACUUUGAAGUCAGAUACAGUAAAUACUAUAUCCUGGGCUACAAACACCUACUCUGCAUAUACACUCAGUAUAUCCAUGCCUAUAUUUCCCAAGUCCCUCCAACUUCAGUGCCUUAAUAUACCUACAGAGACAGGCAUUUGUGUCAGAAUGUAUAUAAUGUGCAUUUAUGCUCUUAAUGCAAAGACUAGUUUUCUUGCCUUGCCAAUGAAUGACUGAACAAACUUGAUGAUUAAGCUCUUAUACUUGUGGACAGUAAUGAAAGCUGCUCUUGUUUUGGGGUGACUAAUGUUUAACCCUGUCUUAUUGUGUCACUGUCACUGUCUUUAUGUGUCCCCUUCAGAAGAGUCCCUGAAAUUAAUGUUUUUUAUAUAUAGAAGCAAGCCAUAGUGAUACUAAAGACAGGGGAUUUGGACUUGAAAUUGAUUUAUCCCGACUCAGGGAAGUUUAUCAGUUCUCCCAUCUCAUGUCUAUGUCUGUACAUCUCAGUGACCCAACUGUCUUAUUUCCACUCUUUUGCGGCAGCGACACCAAGUUUGCUAUCCCAUUUUUGUCAGUCUACUAUGUUUUAAAUCUUAGAGGUAGGUCUUAUCCUUUGUACAUGUCUCUGUGUGUCUUUAGCAACAUAUCUUUAAUUAGGCCCUCUGCUCUUCUUAGCUGCAGCCUCAUAAAUGCACAGAGAGAUGAUGUGAGCUACAAGACUUUUGGUGAGGUCCAAACAAUGAAUAUAAUUUUUUUCAGAUCUGCCCCUUUUGCUUUCUCAAGG